AUGGGUAGAAUCCAUUCCUCUACGAGGGCAACGAUUGCGACUUUCAUUAAAGAACAUAUCAUUUGUCGCUUCGGUGUGCCAAAGCAUAUCAUCACUGAUAACGGCACUCCCUUCGCCAACAAACAGGUACGAGAGUUACUUGAAGAGUAUGGAAUUAAACAGGUCUUCUCCACUAUCUACUAUCUUCAAGGAAACGGACAAGCUGAGAGUACCAACAAGACACUGAUCCGGAUCAUCAGUCGAACAGUGCAUGAAAAUCCUAGAGAAUGGCAUGACCAGUUACCAAUGGUGCUAUGGGCAUAUCGAACGUCACCCAGAAGCUCCAUUGGAGUUUCUCCAUACUCACUUAUUUACGGUGCAGACGCAAUUCUCCCAGCAGAGAUCAAAAUCCCAUCAUCCAGGAUUGCAGCAGCAACCGGGGUCCACUGGAAUGAGGCUGAAGCAUCCAACUCUAGAGUAGCGGAGUUAGACACUCUGGAUUUCAGAAGAAGCAAAGCAGAAGAACACACUCACGUGUACAGUAAUAGAAUUUCCAGGCAUACAACAAAACUGUGA